GCCGUCGCGAACUCUGGAGGACCGGAUUCAACAUGCCUCCUCUUCCUCCUAAAACGCGCCAUAUCGGGCAUCUUUGGUCCCGAAGACCAGAUACCCCUAGUCUCCCUCAGCGUAGACCACAAGCUCCAAGACUCUUCCAGCGCCAUGUCCGCGAGGGCCGAAGCAACCGCGAAGUCUCUAGGAGUGCAGCACAUCACGUCCUCGGUUCAGUGGGGGACUCAUCCCUUUCCACCGAAGCCGACGAGUCACACUGCGCUAGAGAGACGAGCACGCGACGUCCGAUAUCACAUCUUAUUUCGCGACAUGGUCCAAGCCGGCGCGGGCGCGGUCGCGUUCGGGCAUCAUGCCGACGACCAGAUAGAGCUUUGCCUCAUGCGAAUGGCUCGAAGUAGCACUGAGAUAGGUGCAGCCGGUAUGAGGUAUUGCCGUAGGUGGGGAAUGGGCCAUAGCGAGGGUCAACUGGCCUGGGCAGGCUACGAAGGCAUGAGCAGAUGGAUUAUCCGGCCUAUGCUCGGCUUCACGAAGGAUAGAAUUUUGGCAACUUGCGACGAGCAUGCGCUCGAAUACGCGGUUGACCAGACCAACUUCCAACCGGAGUUGACCAUACGCAACUCCAUCCGCCACUUACUCGCCGGCAACCUCGACAUUCCCUUGCCGCGUCAGAAAGAGAUAGACGCAAUACAGCAAGGCGCCGCACGUCUCAACGUGGACAACCUUCGAUCCCCUGCCGCCCGAGUGCGAUUAUAUAGUAUAUUGGAGAUGUUUGGAGAGCAACGAGAAUACAUCGAUGAACAGGUGACAUCCGAGCUGUCCCGGUUACUCGUUCCCAGCCCGCCGUCGACGAUCGCUUUCCCGACGGAGGCGCUCGGAAAGAUCACUGAUCCCGUCGUUCUCGCUCAGCUACUCAUGCGCAUAAUUCGUUAUGUCUCUGCGCGCCCAUGGGGAUCCGUGAAAUCAGAAGCAGGACGGUCGUCCUCCUCGAUUACAGGGAUAAUCAACGGAUUACUGGCAACAGACCCGUUCCCCUAUACUCCUUCCCCUUCGAGGAUGAAACGCCGCCUCCUGGAUUCUCGCAAACGUUUCUCUGGUGGAUCUGACGUCUUAUGGGAACCUGUUGCUAUCAAUGCGCGAGGAGGCAUACGUUACUCAAGCGGAUCCAAGUUUGGUGAAGGCGAGAGACCCGGAUGGCUCGCCAUGCGCCUUAAGCCGAUGUUAGGAAACGAUGCCUUGACAAUAGACAUCACGAAACCGGUACAAGACGCACUCGGAAUCCAGCCCGGACCGUCCAGCGCCCGUUCGAAAGAGGAAGUGCACAUUUUAUGGGACAAUCGUUUCUUGUUGUCAUUCCGUUUACCCCCUCGUCCCGUCCUAUGCUCCAGCAGUGACGAAGGUGCGCGUGACGCUUCGUUGCACAGGCGAGAACGGGCGACAAACCGCGGGUGCGAUGAUGCAGCAACGGCAAGGGGCCCCGGACUGCGGUCUGUUCACGAGCGACCCGCAGAGACGCAGAUCUUGGCGAGAUGCUGGGACGAUGUUUGGCGGCGACGACGACGACUCCUCGUCGGCACUGCCGCUGCACGGCUGCCCUGCCGCACCUACCGCGUCCCGGCGCGCACGCCUGUCACGACUCACGUGUCACGCCGCCGCGACGUGGCGCAGUUUGGCGCUCACCAAUCCGAAUGGCGUGCCGCGAUAUCUAUGGUCGUAUAA